AUGUGGAAAUUAAAGACUAAGAUAUAAUUAGAUCAUAUUUUAUUUACAGACAUCUAUGUUAUGGAUAUUGAAUCAUUUUAUCUAAUAUAAUAAUAAGAGUCAAAAUAUGCUUAUAUUUAUCAUUGUAAACAUAAUUAAUUAAACAAUGUUGAAACAGAAUGUACUGAACUUAAAAUGGUUUUAUUCAAAAGCAUUCUUACUAAAAGCACCUUUCAUUGGUGGUUUGAAAUUAAAAAGAUUUUUUUUGUUAUUUAGGAAUCAGAAAAUCAAAUUCAUUUAUAUAGUUUCGAUAAAGAAACUACUUAAUUUAUAGAAUAAGAUAAAUUAACAUUAGAUGAAAAGAUUUUAUCUUUUAAUGUACUUGAUAAUAAAAUGUUUGUAGUAAUUUAAAAUAAGAUUUUAAUAUAUGAUUAAUUUAUCCCAUUUAAUUUAGUUUAUAUUAUUUCUGAUAUUUCAUAGCCAAUAAGUGUUUUUGGAAAUAGGUUAAUUGAUUUAAUUUUUAUUCAAACACCUCAAUAAGUAGUGAUUGGAAAUUUUGCUCUAUUAUUAAGUGGUGGAUCUUUUACUGCAAUUAAAUAAAUAGACUUAAUUGAGAAGGCUUAAAUCAAAAUAACAAUAGGUAAAAACUAUUUCUAUUUAAUUUAAAAAUCAGAAACAACAUUUUAAAUAGAUGAAUAUAACUAUAAACAUUUAUAAAUUAUAUACAAAACAAAAAGGCUUCCUUUAUAUAAAUAUUAAAUAUAAGAUUCUAUUGUAGCUGAUUCAUGUGAAGAAUCAGGAUGGCUUUUUGUAAGAUGUUAAGAUGGCAAUUAAACAGUGAUUUUGGUUUAUGAACCAGGUGUUUUAUCUCAUCAAUCAUUAAAAAAAGUCAUAAAGCUUGGAUAUAUAGUAUUACAUUCAACAGUUGAAGUAGAUGGAGGACUUUAAAUGUUUUUGCACACUUCAUAACAAAUUUAUUCAAUUUUAUAAGAUUCUUUAUUGACAGUUAAGAGUAAUUUACAUUCAGAUAGUUAUGUAAAUAAAAUUUAAUCUGGUGUGAAGGCAUUUAAUGAUUAUUCUAACAAGAAUAUUUCAUAAUAAAUAUAUUUUUUAGAUACACAUAGUUAACCUAUUUUUUAGAGUUCUCAAAAUCAAACUUUUAAAGUCAAAAAAAAUAGUUAAUCAGCAUAAUUGAAUAUUGAUUAAACCUUUUAUAAUGGAUAAAUAACUAAUAUAUAAAUUGAUUGUAAAUCAUGCUCUAAAGCAAAAUUAUAAUCACCAAUAAUGAACAUUAGUGAUGGUCAAAAUCUAUCCUUUAAUAUUAUUGACGGAUUAAUUUAUGAUGCUAAUUAUGCUGUCUUCUUAACAUCAAAGUAGUUAGUAUUUACAAAAAAGGAUGGAUAAUUUAAUAAAGUUUUUAGUUUAAAUCUUUCUAUUUUAGAAUCAGGAGAUGGAUUAUUUAUUUCUGAAGAUAAGAAAUAUCUUAUAGUUUCUGUUCUUGCUUAAGUUCCAUCUAUUUUAAUUAUUAAUUGCGGAACUAAUUUAGAAUGUACUAUAGUUUCCAAGAAUAGUGUUCCAAAUUCAAAUCGAAUAAGUGGAUUGUAAUUAUUCAAUAAUAAUCACUUAUUUAUUCUAAAUAGCAAUCCUUAAGAUUAUACACAAUUCAAUUCAUCUAUUUAGGUCUAUUAUAUUAAUGCUGAUAAUACUUUAACCUUGAGUAGAAGUAUCACAGUUUAAUUAUUAAACUUAAAUUCAUUAAGAAUUGCUAGUUUUUAAGUUGUUAAGCACAAUACCUUCUACAUAAUCUUUUUUACAGACUAACAUUUUGGUUUAAGAAUUAAUUACUUUAAAUUAAUUGAUUUAAGUUAUAUUCCAAAAAAUGAAUUUUUAGAUUUGACUAAAUUUUAACAUGAUCAAUAUUAUAUUAAUUAAGAUACAGAAUUUUUAACAGUUAGAUUAAUUUCAUCUGAAACUGAAGGAACUCUUUCAAUUUUUAAUUUAUUAAUAUAGACAAAUAAUGUUGCUUAAUAUGUGUUCGGUAUUCCUUUAGAAAUAGGAAGUGUUCCUAAUUUUAUUCUUGAUAAAAUUAAGUUAUAAAAUAUUUUGACUCCUUUUGGAACUUGGGCAUCUAUAAAUAAGAUUGCAGUAUCUCUUAAUUAUGUCUUAGUACCAUAUCGAUAAGGAUAAGAUGCAAUAAUUGUUAUUUACGAAUUGUUUAAUAGCAAUUCUACAAAAGCAAUUACUAGUCAUUAUGCCUUAUAUGAGAACUAUAAAGGAUCACUAUCUAAUUAAAUUGUUUUAAUUAUUGAGAUAGAGUAAAAUAAUACAUAUUUCUUUACUAAUUUAAAAUAUGAUGAAGCAAGAGGAAUUCAUACUUUAAUGAAAUAUUAAUAUAGAUCAAAUAUAAUGAUAAGUUUUGAUGAUCUGACUUCAGUUGAAGAAUAACCAAUUCAAAUUACAGUAAGUAAUUAUUAUGGAAAAUCUUCAGGAGUAGUGAAUUUAGUUUAUUUUGAUGAUAAUAACGAUGAUAAUAAUGAAGAAUCAAAGUAAGAAAAAAUAUAUUAAUUAUUUUAUAGUCAUUCUUGGGUUUGGAUUUUAAUUGGUGUAUUAGGUGGUAUCAUAAUACUGAUAGGAGUUAUUUUUCUAAUAUAUUAUUUCUGGAAACGUAGAAAUAAAAAAACUUUUGAAUUCUUAAUAUGA